AUGUUACGGCUAAAUGAGAUAACUUUCCGCAAAAUUGGGCUUUGUGUGAUCCUCUCGUGUCUGGCCCUGUACGCAUACGUGUGCAAGGACAUGGACACGGGCCCCAAAAUUAGCAAUGCAUUCUUUGUGAACAACGAGGGCUGCAAAAUGAUUGCCCUGGAUGUGACGAGCCCUGAGAUAGAAGGAUACAUAAAAAAGCCACCCGGUGAAUACAAGUGCAUCGAUGCAACAUGGUUUGGAACGAAACUCAUCAAAGGAAGCUGGUAUCUGAAGUUAAUUCGCGACAUUGAUCAGAUACUGAUUGAUCAUAAACUAGAUAAUCAAACCAAAAUACAAUGCGAGUAUGAUCGGUUUGACGGAAAGAGUGACUGGCAAUUGGAACACUACAGAACGGUUACAUUUAAUUUGGUACCCCCAUAUCGCUGGAAGCUGGAACCGUCUAUGUACCUGCGUGUGUUUUGCUACAAUUCUACGAAAUUAAUGCAUGAAGAUGCUCAUUUCGUCAUCCAGCCACCACCGCAGGAGUUACUCGAACAAUCAAGAAGCUUGAAGAAAUGGGACCGAGGGAAUAAAACGGAACCUGCAGAAUCUGCCUCGGAUCCUCUCAUUUCUGUAAUGAUUCUGGGAUUGGAUAGUGUGUCCCAUCUGAACUUUCUGCGUCAAAUGCCGCGCACAGCCAACUACCUCCGUCAUCAAAUGUCUCACGUCGAGUUCUGGGGCUACAACAAGGUUGGCUUGAAUACCUUUCCGAACCUGAUUGCCAUGUUGACGGGGAAGAGUGAAGAGGAGAACGAGAAGUAUUGGAAGAAGAUUCAGCGCAUGGACAACUGUCCUGUAAUUUGGAAAGACUUUAAAAAGGCCGGCUAUAAUACCAGCUUUGGUGAGGAUUAUCCGGAAAACAGUCUGUUUAACUUCUUAAAACCUGGAUUUGGCUCAAAACCUACCGAUCACUACCUACGUCCAGUCUUGAAUUCCAUUAUGAGGACUUUUAGCGAAGAUUCCAUUGCUUGGUGCUCAGCGGGCCGCACAAUCACUGAUAUAUUGUUGGAAAUGGUGGAGAAUUUGCUGCCCCAUAUGCAAAGGCAUCCAUUCUUUUCGUUAUUUUGGUGGGGACAGGGCUUCCAUGACCAUUUAAAUUUCCCUUCGGUGGUCGAUCAGCGCUUUGUGCGACUACUGAGGCGUCUCGAUGAUACUGGAAUCACCAACAAUACCUUCAUAUUCUUCAUGUCUGAUCACGGCUCGAGUUGGGGCUCGUUCCGGAAAACCUUUCAGGGUAUGCUGGAGGAUAAUCAACCCAUGCUGUUCACCCUCUAUCCCAAGUGGAUGAAGGAACGCUAUCCGCUGGCCAUCAAGAACCUGGAGAGCAAUAGUCACAGUCUGAUCACAACAUAUGAUAUGCACGAGACCAUGCGGGACCUUCUCCAUCUGGAUUCAUUGCAGGAGAAUCGUCUCAAAGAGAAGUCAAGGCUGCUGUGGAAGCUGCGGGGCCCUGAAACACCGCGUGGCGUCAGCCUCUUUCUGCCAGUGCCUUCGUGGCGCACUUGCAACACCUCCAACAUCCCUGUUGCAUAUUGUCUGUGCCAAGAGCUGACUCCUCUGCCAUUGGACGCUCGAGAAGUGCAGCUUGCCGCCCAAACAGCUGUCCUUUCGAUGAAUCAGCUGCUAGAGACCUAUCUAAUGUGCGAACAGCUCCAGCUCAAGAACGUGUCUAGCGCCUACUCAUCGGCCCCUCAUAUGACCAAGAAACAUGAUAUGAGAGACAUCACUGUGCGCUUCGAAACGAUUCCAGGCGAUGCUUACUUUGAGGCCACUUUACGGGCGACGCGUGGUGUAUUAUCCCUGGUUGGAGAAAUCGUUCGGAUUGACGAUAGUAGCAACUUCAACAGCAACUGCAUUAGCGAGGUCAAACUGUUUCCUUACUGUUAUUGUGGAUUGUAA